AUGGAUGACGCAAAGCUAUUGACAGAGGCGCUAGGCACGGUGAAAAUACAGAUGGUUCAGAUGAAACGGUGCCUGGAGAAUGACCAGCUCAUGGACGCACUCAAGAGUGCAAGCACCAUGCUUGCCGAACUUCGCACUUCAUCUUUGUCACCCAAGAUGUACUAUGAAUUAUAUAUGGCCGUAUUUGACGCUCUGCGGCAUGUCUCCAAUUACCUCCUCGACGCGCACACCUCUGGGCGACAUCACCUAGCCGACCUUUAUGAACUUGUUCAGUAUGCCGGAAAUAUCGUACCUCGAUUGUAUCUUAUGAUCACUGUCGGCUCGGUCUAUAUGAGUAUACCCGAAGCACCCGUCAAGGAGAUCAUGAAGGAUAUGAUGGAGAUGUCUCGUGGUGUCCAGCAUCCUACCCGUGGCUUAUUUUUGCGCCAUUACUUGAGCGGACAAACACGAGAUCACUUACCCGUUGGGGAUGGACAAACUGAAUCUGGGAACCUGCACGAUUCGAUUACAUUCGUUCUCACCAAUUUCAUCGAAAUGAAUAAACUCUGGGUUCGGCUUCAGCACCAGGGGCAUUCGCGAGAGCGAGAAAAGCGCGAAAUGGAGCGUCGCGAGCUACGAAUCCUCGUAGGAACCAACCUUGUUCGACUUUCCCAGCUAGAAGGCGUAGAUCUAAAUAUGUACCGCACCCUCAUUCUUCCAAGCAUCUUGGAGCAAAUAGUCAGUUGCAAGGAUGUAAUUGCACAAGAAUACCUCAUGGAAGUUGUUAUCCAAGUAUUCACUGACGACUUCCACCUACAUACUCUUACUGAAUUCCUCUCGGCAACUGCUAAAUUGCAUCCCAAAGUUAAUAUCAAACAGAUCGUCAGCGCGUUAAUUGAUCGCCUCGCUAGUUAUGCUGCGCGAGAAGCCGAGAACGAAGAUCCUGAAGAAGUACGCAAGCAGGAAGAGGCCGCUGCAAAACGACUGGCAGAAAAGGUUCGGCGAGCACGAGAAGCCAACGGAGGGAGCGCGUCGCCCACAAGUCCGAGCGGCACGAGUGAUUGGGGCAAGAAUAGCGUUAAUGGCUUGAACGGAGAUGGCAGCGUUGCUGUUGGUGUGGAUGAAAGCAAAGGGAAGGAAAAGGAGGGCACUCCGCCGAAGAAGUUCAGAGGCAUUCCAGAGGAUGUCAAGUUGUUCGAGGUGUUUUGGCAACAAGUAGUGGAACUGAUCAAGGCCCGGCCGGACCUCUCAAUACAAGACAUUACAGCGCUACUUGUUUCGUUGAUUAAUCUCGCACUAAGUUGCUACCCAGACCGGCUUGAAUAUGUAGAUCAAGUGCUGGCCUUUGCGCAGACCAAAGUUGGCGAGUUCCAGGACAGGCAAGUCAUCCCCGACCUUCACACUACUCAAACCACAACCAAUCUCCUUUCGCUCCUUCUUGCGCCGAUCACGUCAUAUACUUCUGUUCUCACCUUACUCGCUCUUCCGCACUACACCGCACUUCUUGCGCCCCAACCAUUUGCUACUCGUCGUGCGAUUGCCCAUGCGGUGGUUGCGAGUGUUCUCAAGAACAACACCAUCAUUGACCAACCUAGCGAUGUGGGUGGGGUACUUGAAAUGUGUCAUGUUCUUGUACGGGACCAACGUGAUGCGGGUGCUGGGAUGGGAAUGGGAACCGGUCCUGGCGGUGCGGGCCCGAUGGGUGGUAACUCUGGAAUGAUGGGAGCACGGCCUGGAAUGCCUUCUGGCGAUAUAGCGGAAGAACAGGGCUGGGUCGCGAGGAUGGUUCACCUGUUCAGGGCCGAAGCAUUGGACGUACAAUUUGAGCUGUUACAAACUGCGAGAAGGUUCUUUGCGGAGGGUGGUCCUAGGAUGCGAUACACGUUCCCGCCACUCAUCAUCUCCGCCAUCAAUCUGGCCAGGAGAUUCAAAGCGCGGGAACAUCUCGAGAUCGACUGGCACAACCGUGUCACUACCCUCUUCAAGUUUAUUCAUCAACUAACUUCGGUUUUGUUUAGCACCGUCGAGUCACCAGAUACCGCGUUACGUUUGUUCCUCCUCGCGGCCCAAGUAUGCGACUCUUGUGGCGCAGCUUUUGAAGAGCUCGCCUACGAAUUCUAUGUCCAGGCGUUCACAGUAUACGAAGAUGCGAUAUCAGAGUCGCGUGCACAGCUGCAGGCUAUUGCACUGAUUAUUGGUACUCUCCAAGGUGCCCGAGUCUUUGGAGAAGAUAACUAUGAUACUCUGAUUACUAAAGCCGCGGUCCACGGAGCCAAAUUGUUGAAGAAGCCCCACCAGGCAACAGCAGUGAUGCUCGCCAGUCACAUGUGGUGGCAGACGGAUGCUGAAGGUGUCGAAACGGAAGGCGCAACCGCGGGUGAAGACGCGGAAGAACGCAAGCCGAGGAGAGAUGGUAAACGCGUGCUUGAAUGCUUGCAAAAAUCCCUUAGGAUUGCGAGUUCUUGCUUCGAAGAGAUCGUGUCUGUCCAACUGUACGUGGAUGCUUUGGACAAGUAUCUGUACUAUUUCGAACACGGAGUCCAAGAGGUCACGCCAAAGUACAUCAACUCACUUAUCGAGCUUAUUGCAUCCAACGUGGAUACAAUCUCUGCCCCCGAUUUUCAUCCUACUUCACGGUCUCCACCCGGCCUCGUUGAGGGUGUGCAUACAGCCGAUAUGAUUCUUCGACAUUUCAAGCGCACUCUCCUAUACAUUGAAUCGCGCAAAGGUGAAGGGGACUCGGCCUGGGAGCCUGUAGAUGGCGUUACGGGAAAUGUCUACGAAUUGGGAUCAACUCGCUACAAUGAACUUGUUCCAGUGGAAGAGCGCCUUCCCGGCUCACGUGCGGCAGUUGUGGUCGAUGUUCAUAAAGUGGGGACUUCAUGUGGGUUCUCGGUUCCACUCUACAAGCCCGAUGGCGAACGCACUAUUCUUCAAGAUUGGACGGAUGGGCUUGAAACUCUGGACCAGGAAUUUGCCAACGAGAAAGAGGGAUUCGAGAUGACCAAUCCACUCUCACAUCUUGAAUUUAUACCUUCUUCUUCUGAUCCUACAAAGGACGACCGUAACCCACGCGGAAUGAAGGAAUACUGGGCACAAGAGAACAUACGCUCUAUUGAUGGUUUACCUGGUCUUCGCUUCUGUCGUGAACUCGUUGGACUGCCGCCUGGCCCGGUGAAGGAUGAUCACAAAGUGUUUUAUAUAGAUAUGGAAGCAGAGAGGCUUGGGAAAACGCUCGGUUCUUGGACACAACAGGUAGUGAGGAAGGUUGGCGAGACCGGAUUUCUUGGCGGUCUGGCCAUUGGGUUGGCUCUUCCGCUGAUAUGGAUACAUAGUACACGGUGA